AUGACUUCGUUCAAAGUCUUUGCAUCGUGCGUUGCGAUCGUAUGCCUCGCGUCAGUGGCAAGAGCCUCUCCAGUACAGAAACCGGUUUCGGCUACGUCCGAGAAUCCAGUCAUAGAGAAACAUGGUUGCAGAGUACACAAACACCUCGUCGGGCAGAAUGUCGUGGAUCACAAAACUUACGAUUCCAUGUUGAUCACGAACGAAGUGGUACAGAAACUAGCGGGGCAUGAGCCCAUGGUGUCACAGGAAUUACACCGACAACGCAGGACCUUCGACUCCGAAGAGGAACAGCGGCUGAGGAAAGAGUUGGAGAGCAGUUCUUCUGUAGACUCAAAACAAUCUGGCUCUGUAAAGUCAGAUCAUUCGAAAGAGGACUCUAAACAGUCGAACGAGGUCCAGAACUCUGAACAGUCGAACGAGGUCCAGAGCUCUGAACAGUCCAACGAGGCCCAGAACUCUGAACAGUCGAACGAGGUCCAGAGCUCUGAACAGUCCAACGAGGCCCAGAGCUCUGAACAGUCCAACGAGGUCCAGAGCUCUGAACAGUCCAACGAGGUCCAGAGCUCUGAACAGUCCAACGAGGCUCAGGACUCUGAACAGUCAAACGAGUUGACGGAGUCUGAACAGUCCAACGAUGCAGACGAGAAUCUUCCCCGAGAUCUUCCGGAACCCGAGUCCUACGAAUCCGAAGAAACCGAAGGGUCCAACGAGUCCGGAGAGAACACAGACGAUUCAUCGUCCACCGACGAUGACAAAGAGGAUAAAGAGAAAAGUGAUAAAGCUAGUCCACCUCCAUUACAACGAGCGUAA